CUCUGCGCUUCCUCUUCAGCACAGUAGUCGGCUUGAAAAACACGUAGCAUGUAAAAGCAAAAGUGAAAGUGUUGCACUGACUGGGAGGGACCGUCAUUGCCUUCCUGUCAAGCGUGAGAAAGCAAUGCAAGAGACUUUACCAACAAAUUAUCAAUCUAUUCCAGACAUGACCCAGACAGAGAGGAGUGUGAUGGGAGAAAAGUUCUUUGUCCAUUUGGCUGGAAAAACUAAUAAUGCUCACCAAGAGCUUGUUGGACACCUUAGAAACGCUGGCCAAACUGAAGUGUCCGUUCUUGAAGACAGCGACUACCUUCUGGUUUUCUGUCCCAUCGCUUCACGAGUUGGAACGGACAUCAGCGAGGCCUUGGAGAACAUGCCAGGUGGUAAAGAAGCAAUCCUUGUGGUGAUGCAUCACACCUUCAAUCCUGACCAUGUUGUAGCUCCAAGCAACAGACAGGUGACCAACCCGAAGGUCUUCCUCACUGUGGACUGUCUGUUCUAUGAAGGCAAACUCCUGCAAACUUGCCUCAAUGAAAUAGCAUUGCAUGAAAUCACGAAGUCUCUUGGAGUUUCCUAUUCACCGCGCUCCAGCUGGAAAACAUCCUUGGCCAAAAUGCUACGGGUCCCUUGGACAUGGGCUGGAGACAGCAGUCGGCUUGAAAAACACGUAGCAUGUAAAAGCAAAAGUGAAAGUGUUGCACUGACUGGGAGGGACCGUCAUUGCCUUCCUGUCAAGAGUGAGAAAGCAAUGCAAGAGACUUUACCAACAAAUUAUCAAUCUAUUCCAGACAUGACCCAGACAGAGAGGAGUGUGAUGGGAGAAAAGUUCUUUGUCCAUUUGGCUGGAAAAACUAAUAAUGCUCACCAAGAGCUUGUUGGACACCUUAGAAACACUGGCCAAACUGAAGUGUCCGUUCUUGAAGACAGUGACUACCUUCUGGUUUUCUGUCCCAUCGCUUCACGAGUUGGAACGGACAUCAGUGAGGCCUUGGAGAACAUGCCAGGUGGUAAAACAGCAAUCCUUGUGGUGAUGCAUCACACCUUCAAUCCUGACCAUGUUGUAGCUCCAAGCAACAGACAGGUGACCAACCCGAAGGUCCUCCUCACUGUGGACUGUCUGUACUAUGAAGGCAAACUCCUGCAAAGUCGCCUCAAUGAAAUAGCAUUGCAUGAAAUCACAAAGUCUCUUGGAGUUUCCUAUUCACCGCGCUCCAGCUGGAGAACAUCCUUGGCCAAAAUGCUACGGGUCCCUUGGACAUGGGCUGGAGUAGGUGCUGUUACGACGGUAUUAUUGGUGGUCGUUUUCACAGUCAUUAUUGUUGAAAUGAACAAGAACAGUCGGCUUGAAAAACACGUAGCAUGUAAAAGCAAAAGUGAAAGUGUUGCACUGACUGGGAGGGACCGUCAUUGCCUUCCUGUCAAGAGUGAGAAAGCAAUGCAAGAGACUUUACCAACAAAUUAUCAAUCUAUUCCAGACAUGACCCAGACAGAGAGGAGUGUGAUGGGAAAAAAGUUCUUUGUCCAUUUGGCUGGAAAAACUAAUAAUGCUCACCAAGAGCUUGUUGGACACCUUAGAAACGCUGGCCAAGUUGAAGUGUCCGUUCUUGAAGACAGCGACUACCUUCUGGUUUUCUGUCCCAUCGCUUCACGAGUUGGAACGGACAUCAGUGAGGCCUUGGAGAACAUGCCAGGUGGUAAAAAAGCAAUCCUUGUGGUGAUGCAUCACACCUUCAAUCCUGACCAUGUUGUAGCUCCAAGCAACAGACAGGUGACCAACCCGAAGGUCUUCCUCACUGUGGACUGUCUGUUCUACGAAGGCAAACUCCUGCAAAGUAACCACACUGAAAUAGCAUUGCAUCAAAUCAUGAAGUCUCUUGGAGUUUCCUAUUCACCGAGCUCCAGCUGGAGAACAUCCUUGGCCAAAAUGCAACGGGACCCUUGGAUAUGGGCUGGAGUAGCUGCUGUUACGACGGUGAUACUGGUGGUCGUUUUCACAGUCGUUAUUGUUGAAAUGAACAAGAAGUGAGAAGAUCAGUGAUGGCCGUCAUUAACAUGCAUGACAUUCUUGGUUGCAGUGUUGUCACAAAUAAUUAUUUGUGAAGGGACAAAAUAAAUAUGCCAUAUAACGAAUGUAUAAUUAUCUGCAAAAACAGAAGGAUGGUAUUAUUGCUAUUGCUAUUGUAUAGUUGUGAAGGCUGAUAUAUAUAUAUGUUUUUGGAGUUGAAGCUUUUGAUCGCUGAUAUUCUAUCUUAAGCACAAUACAGAUUAAAAUGGUGGAAGGAUACAGAUCUGCACACACAGACAUUAAGCAAUUGGCUGGAUGUGAAAAGGGCCAAAAGGAAGAGAUAAAGUGAGAAAAAUAACAUUGAAAUUCCCUUCAAAAUUCUAACUCAAACUUCCAUACAAUCGGACGUGUAUUUGCAACCAGUGCUGGCAAUAAAAAAGGCACACUUAGCUUCACUUUUCACAGGCGGCUACAUCCACUUCUUUUACACAGUCUGUGGUAGCAGAGUGGUUCAAUCUUUUGCUUUAAAUGAGCGGGAAACAAAAAAAUGCUUGCUGCUGCUUUGUGCGUAUUUAAACAGCAAAUGGUGUGCCUUUGCUUCAGAAGGAAUAAAUGAAGGUCAUUAUAUCAGAUCUGUGUAUCUUGUCUCAGUGCUAAACAUGUGAUGUAUUCCUAGCUAAAAAUGAAGUAAAGGUCUAAUAAGAAAAAAAAUAAAUAUCCAAGUUUCAGCACCA